CAUGGGCCGGGCCCGGCGCUUCCAGUGGCCGCUGCUGCUGCUGUGGGCGGCCGCGGCGGGGCCAGGGGCGGGGCAGGAAGUACAGACGGAGAACGUGACAGUGGCUGAGGGGGGCGUGGCCGAGAUCACCUGCCGCCUGCACCAGUACGAUGGCUCCAUAGUCGUCAUCCAGAACCCAGCCCGGCAGACGCUGUUCUUCAACGGCACCCGCGCCCUGAAGGACGAGCGCUUCCAGCUUGAGGAGUUCUCCCCGCGCCGGGUGCGGAUCCGGCUGUCGGACGCGCGCCUGGAGGACGAGGGCGGGUACUUCUGCCAGCUGUACACGGAGGACACGCACCACCAGAUCGCCACGCUCACCGUGCUAGUGGCGCCGGAGAACCCCGUGGUGGAGGUGCGCGAGCAGGCGGUGGAGGGCGGCGAGGUGGAGCUCAGCUGCCUGGUGCCGCGGUCCCGCCCGGCAGCCGUUCUGCGUUGGUACCGCGACCGCAAGGAGCUCAAAGGGGUGAGCAGCGGCCAGGAGAAUGGCAAGGUGUGGAGCGUGGCGAGCACGGUGCGGUUCCGCGUGGACCGCAAGGACGACGGCGGCAUCGUCAUCUGCGAGGCGCAGAACCAGGCGCUGCCCGCGGGCCACAGCAAGCAGACGCAGUACGUGCUGGACGUGCAGUACUCCCCCACAGCCCGGAUCCAUGCCUCGCAAGCGGUGGUGAGGGAGGGAGACACGUUGGUGCUGACCUGCGCUGUUUCGGGGAACCCCAGGCCAAACCAGAUCCGCUGGAACCGCGGGAAUGAGUCCCUGCCCGAGCGGGCCGAGGCGGUGGGGGAGACGCUCACGCUGCCGGGCCUAGUGUCGGCGGACAACGGCACCUACACCUGCGAGGCGUCCAACAAGCACGGCCACGCGAGGGCGCUCUACGUGCUCGUGGUCUACGACCCUGGCGCGGUGGUGGAGGCCCAGACGUCGGUUCCCUACGCCAUCGUGGGUGGCAUCCUGGCGCUACUUGUGUUUCUGAUCAUAUGUGUGCUAGUGGGCAUGGUCUGGUGCUCUGUCCGACAGAAAGGCUCCUACCUGACCCACGAGGCCAGCGGCUUGGACGAGCAGGGAGAAGCGAGAGAAGCCUUCCUCAACGGCAGCGAUGGGCACAAGAGGAAAGAGGAGUUCUUCAUCUGACCCCACCCCCACCCCAGGCCUGGGCCUGGGCUGGGGUCCCCCCACUGCCAGCUGCAAGGAACCAGCAGAGACAUUUACCGGAGUCUGGGCUGGUGGGCUUCUCCCCCCACCACUAACACCUCGGAUGCUUGGGCAGGGAUGGGGGUGUUGGGUGCCUGGAUCUCUGCAGGGGCCCCCAGGGGGCAAGGACCCAAGGUCCAGACCCCCAAGUCCAGGGAGGGCAGUAGGGAUUGGGUAGGGGGCGAGAACCGGGGGAAGGCCAGGGCCCCAGGGCUACAGAACCAGGUCUCGUGGGGAGGGAGUCAGAUUCCGGGAAAGGUGGGUGGGCAGGGAGGGGGAACAGAGAUUUCUCUGGGGGUCCUAGACCCCACGCCAGCCAUUGUGAGAGUUCUGCAGAGCUCUGGGCACCUCUUUGCAAAGCCAUGUUUGCACGGUGGGGGCAGGGUGGGGGGCGGGCGUGGAAGCAGGGAUUCUGUGUCUUCGUGUCAUAACUGAAGGGGGCGGUGGGGGAGACGGCCCUGACCCCUUUCUCCAGCCCCUUCCCCGGGUUCCUGGGCCCCCCUUCCCUCUGCCCCCUCCCCCCAUGUCUACCCCACCCCUAUUUGUCUGUCCACCCACUCCUGGGGGGGCCUUCCCAUCUCUCCUCCAGGCCCCCCGGGGAGGGGGAAAGGAGUUUGGGGGGAUACGUGGUCUCUAUGGUUUUAUAUAUAAUAUAUUAAAAAAAUCAAAAAUCUGUAUGAAAAUAUCAGAUUGCAACCCCCUCCCCCUAUUCCUGGCUUUGGCCCCCUUUUUCUUGUUAAAAAAAAAAAAAAAGAAAACCACACAUUUUGUACGGGGCAGGGAGGGGGAUGGGGAGGGGGUUUGGCAAUCCCACUAACCACCAUUAAACUGAGGAGAGA